ACAUGGCUGAAAAGUACUCACAGCUUUACUUUUUGAUCUUUGGACGAGUAUUUCUGCUGCUUGUGUCCUUAUGAAGUUAUCCACAGUUUUAUGCCGUCACCGAACGAUAAAUGGCUUUUACGAGAUGCUUUUUUGUAGCAAAAAAACAAGGUUCGCCGUUUUCUGACGUAGGACAACCGCUUUUAAAUAAAAUUUUUCCUAGGACUUCUAAAGCUUAUUACAAAAAAAUUGAAAAGGUUAAAUGCGGGAGCAUAAUAAGGAGAUGAAGUUCAAUAAUACCGUUUCGAACUAAUUUUGACGUGCUCAGAGCUUAAUCCGUGCUUGGUGGAAUUUGUUGCGCGCCUUCCGAAGCUUGCCAAAUAAUGGAAAAACGGAUCAAAUUCCAAUCCUAGAGUUUCCAAGAUAAACUUUAUCCCGGUAGUUCUUUGUUUAACUGCCGAGUUACGAGUCGCAGCAAGGAAUUAUAUUUUUCUAUGAUUUUAAAAAAGGGAUCGAACCCAUCAAUUAUAAAUUUCUAGCCGGCAUGCCUUGUACAACUUACUCGAGUACUUCGUAGGCCAAAAAUUAAGCGGCCACAAAUUCGCACUUGAGCAAAGUUCAAUAGCCGCUUGCAACGCUCACUGGGCUUACAACAAUUCUUCAAUUUUACAUACCGAUGACACCAAGACGCGAGCCAGCAAGUAACUUACGGCGGUUGAGAUUAAAAUUACUCACAGUACCUCAUUUAUUCGACUGGUGAAUGUCGCAUUAUUGUGGUGUGGUAGCGCUCGUAGUCGUACUGUCUCCAGCACGUUGUUGUAGAAGAAAAAAACACUCGUGUAGUUCAAAAUAGCGCGUCGAACUUUUAGAAAAAGGUGUUUUUAAGAUCGUUUUUGUUAUAAAAUUAUUACUUAUGUACAAAUGUGUGUAAUGUAAUGGCAACUGAAAGCGAAACAACAAAUCACACAACGCCGGCGGCGAUCGGGAAUGACAAUAAAGCUACCAAGGAAGGCAGUGAUGAUUGCACGCUGGAUGGUAUAUUGGUGCGUAUCGGACAAUUCGGACGCUUCCAACUGUUCAAUUAUGUCCUGCUAUGCAUACCCAUGAUUUUCAAUGCGUUCUUCUCCAUCUCCUACGUGUUUACGGCAAGUACAGUGGUGCACAGAUGCUUUGUGCCGCAAUGUGAUAGCCCCGCGAGUGAUUAUUAUGAACCUUGGCUCAAUUACACGAUACCCAUGAAGGGUUCUAGCUACGAGCCGUGCACACGCUUUGCUGCUACGAAUAGAACUGAGGAUAUAAUUACGGAAUAUACCAAUCCAUCGAGUGAAUUUUGUACACCUGCAUAUUUCAAUCAAAGUACUACCGAGAAAUGUGGAAAUGAUUUGAAGUUUCGCGAUGAAGAAUAUACCAUAUCUAAUGAGUUCUCCAUCUUUUGCUCGGAUAUAUGGAUGUUGACAAUGGUCGGUACGAUAAAUAAUAUUGGACAAUUUGUCGGUAUACCAGUGGGUGGUUUUUUUGCCGAUCGCUUUGGUCGUCGCACAAUGCUUGCCGUUGGCGGUUUUCUUAGCGCCGUUAUGGGUAUAAUACGCUCGGUAUCUAGCAACUAUUAUAUGUUCAUCGUGUUUGAAUUCAUCGACAUGGCUGUCGGCAGUACACUCUUUCCAACCGCCUUUUUGUUGGCCAUCGAAUUGGUGGGACCAAAACGGCGUGUUGCUGCUGCGACCAUCAUCACGAUCUUCUAUUCACUGGGCGAGGCGCUGUUGGGCGUUUUAGCUCAACAAUUUCAAAAUUGGCGCAAUCUAUUACGCAUCCUCUAUACGCCAGCACUCCUACAGAUACUAUUCCUCUUUAUACUACCCGAAAGUGUACGUUGGCUAUUGAGUCAGGGUAAGGAGGAAGAGGCUACGCGCUUGCUAAAACGUGCUGCACGCGUAAAUAAACGCGUGAUACCAGAGGAGGAUCUGAAAGCUUUGGUAGCGGAAAAUCAAGCGAAACUUGAACAAGCACACGAAAGUCAUUAUCCUAUUGUGAAAGCUUUGAAAUUGUUUCGUUGGCGUAUAUUGAAUUGUUGUUUAUGUUGGUUUACUCACACUUUAGUGGCAUUGGGAUUGAGUCUCACCUCAGUCACACUGGGUGGUAAUAAAUAUGUAAAUUUCCAGCUGAAUGGUUUAAUACAAGUGCCGGGCUUGAUUUUGCCAUUGUUUAUUAUGGAUCGGAUUGGCCGACGUUACUCUCUAUGCGGCUCGAUGUUAGUAUGUGCACUCUGUAUGGUCAUUACAGCGUUGGUGGGCAAAAAUCAUAAUAUCGCUGAGUUGGUGCUAUUUUUAAUUGGGAAACUUGCAAUUACAUGCAGUUUUCAGAUUUUAUAUUUUUUCACCUCAGAAAUAUUCCCCACUAAUGUACGUAACAGUUUGCUAUCAUUUUGUUCGAUGGUUGGGCGAAUCGGUUCGAUGCUUGCGCCUCAAGCUCCACUUUUGGCCAAUUACUAUGAGUAUGCACCACAAAUUCUCUUCGCCAGCUUCGCUUUGCUUAGCGGCACGUUAACUCUACUUUUCCCAGAAACAACUGAUAAGGUGCUACCAACAACGCUACAAGAUGCCGAACACUUGAACGAUAAAAAACACAAAAAUGCUGCAAACGUUGUUGAAUAAAUGUAAUUUAGCGCUGGAGUGACUGUUGAACUAAAUUGUAUUAAAAAAAUUUCGUAAGAAAGUAUGUUAAGUAUGAUUGUGUGCCUGAAGUUUUUUGUAUAUAAAAAGGGAAAAUGUGUAAUAGCUUAAUUUUACAAAAUAAAAGAAAAAAAUAUCAUUAACAAGAAAAUAAUGUAGC